GUGAUUUCUAGCGGAAGCAGGGCGAGCUCGCGAAUCCCGAAGCACGUCCAUGGAGGAGAUGUAAUCAAUCGAAGAAGACGAUGAAUUCAUUCUUAAACAAAUCCACAUCCAGCAAUUUUCCAAGCGAGGAGUUUCAGUAUCGCUGAAUAGCAACCCCAUGAUUUCUGCUUCUCCAUUACAUCCCUGCCCAGUCCCAAUUCCCUCUGUCAGGACUGGCGCAGCUUCGUGUUCGAGCAGACAUUUCUGCAACUUCGGAUUCAAUCCAAAAUGGGCGCCGUCUAUUCCUUUUCCAUGGAGAAAAUCGGUCGAUAAGAGCUGUGGUCACGAUUACAGGUUCCGACCCGCGAGAUUCUGUGCUUUGAAAGAUGGGAAUUCUUCGUCUUCGUCUUCAACUUCUCGCAAUCGUAAUGCUUUCGAGUUUGACGUCGUGAUCAUUGGGGCGGGGAUUAUUGGGUUAACCAUUGCCCGGCAGUUUCUAAUCGGGUCGGAUUUGUCCGUCGCCGUCGUGGAUAAGGCCGUUCCUUGCUCUGGAGCCACCGGCGCAGGGCAGGGCUAUUUAUGGAUGGUUCACAAAUCCCCUGGCAGUGACAUUUGGGAACUUGCUUUGAGAAGCCACAGGCUAUGGGAGGGACUGGCUGAGACCCUGCGUGAUCAAGGCUUGAAUCCCUCGGAAGAAUUGGGUUGGAAGAAGACAGGGAGCUUGUUAAUCGGUAGAACACCUGAAGAGCUUGACAUAUUAAAGAGGAAGGUAAAGCAGCUUUCUGAGGUUGGACUGGAAGCUGAGUUCUUGUCUGGUGUUGAUUUGCUCUCCAUGGAACCAGCUCUUUCGGUUGGGGACAAUUGUGGGGCCGCCUUUGUCCCCAAUGAUUGCCAAUUGGAUGCUCAUCGUACUGUUGCAUUUAUUGAAAAGGCUAACAGACAUUUUAAAGGAAGAUAUGCAGAGUUCUAUCAUCAUCCUGUUACAGGCUUAUUAAGAUCUGGAAGCAAUGGGAAGAUAGAGGCUGUUCAGACGUCCAAGACUACGUUGCACAGUAAGAAGGCCAUUGUUUUGGCAGCUGGUUGUUGGAGUGGGACUUUGCUGCGUGAUGUGCUUGGUGAAGAAAAGACUGUUUUGGAUGUUCCCAUCAUGCCAAGAAAGGGUCACUUGCUUGUCAUUGAGAAUUUUAAUUCCCUUCAUUUGAAUCAUGGUUUGAUGGAGGUGGGCUAUGUCAAUCAUCAAACUUUAACUUCGGCUGAAGGUCUUGAGCAGACCUCAUCCAUUUCAAUGACUGCCACUAUGGAUGUUCAAGGGAAUCUUGUACUUGGGAGCAGCCGUGAGUUUGCUGGUUUCAACACUGAAGUGGAUGAAUCUAUAAUUAAUCGUAUAUGGGGUAGAGCUUCAGAAUUCUUUCCUAUGAUGAAAGAAGUGUCUCUCUCAGAUCUCAAAAGCAACAGUAAAGUGAGAGUAGGUCUACGACCAUACACGCUUGGUGGAAAGCCAGUGAUUGGACCUAUUCCUGGUUUGUCAAAUGUGUUCCUUGCAUCUGGCCAUGAAGGUGGAGGACUUUCAAUGGCACCGGGGACUGCAGAAAUGGUUGGUGAUAUGGUGCUGGGAAAUUCUUGGAAAAUUGAUCCCGUUCCUUUCUCGGCACGAGGACGAUGUUAAUAACUGCUUACAACUUACGAUCCAAUAAUGGUAUUCUUGGUGGCUUCUGUAUUCAUGUAUACUAACCUUCUUUCCCCCUUCCAAAGAGGCAACUUGUAGUUGUCAAUGAAGGUCAACAAUAUCAUAGCAACCCAGUAGUUCGUUAUUUUUGUUUUCCGCACCUUGAGUUUCAGUAUCUGUAGGCUCAUUUGUUCUGAGGAAAUUCUGGAACUUGUGGGCCUCGAUGCAUAAAAUUCCGUGAUCUUUUCAAUUUACUUUGUGAGUUGUAACUCAUUCACUGAGGUUAGAAAUGAGAAUGCAAUGCACGACAAUUAUUGCUA